CCUCCAGCCCUCUUAAGCAGGGCAGCACCCUGCCGGCCAGCCCUGCCCCGUGAUGGAGAAAACCACGGUGCUAAUCACAGGCUGCUCCUCCGGCAUCGGCCUGGCGCUGGCGGCACGGCUGGCGUCUGACGCUGCCCAGAGGUUUAAAGUGUACGCCACGAUGCGCGACCCGGCCAAGGGCGAGCGGCUGCGGGAGCGCCUGGGCGGCUGCCGCGCCGACGCGCUGGAGGUCCUGCAGCUCGACGUCACCAACCCGCGCUCGCUGGCCGACGCCGCGCAGCGGCUGCAGGGGCAGCGGCUGGACGUGCUGGUGUGCAACGCCGGCGUGGGCCUGAUGGGCCCCUUGGAGACCUGCUCCGAGCAAGCCAUGAAGAGCGUCUUCGACGUGAACCUCUUCGGGGCCGUCCGCACCAUCCAGGCCUUCCUGCCCGCCAUGAAGCGCCGCAGGGCCGGGAGGAUCGUGGUCUCCAGCAGCAUCGGGGGGCUGCAAGGUGGGAGAGUCCUGCCCCACGGGCUGCCCUGCCGAGCCGGGUCCCGCCGGGGAGGGGCCCGGCUCUCAGGGCGCCGCUCUGCCCCAGGGGUGCCCUUCAACUCCGUGUACUGCGCCAGCAAGUUCGCGGUGGAGGGCCUGUGCGAGAGCCUGGCCGUCGUCCUGCAGCCCUUCAACGUCCACGUCACGCUGGUCGAGUGCGGCCCCGUCAACACCAGCUUCCUGGACAACCUGCAGCGCCCGGACCCCGAGGGGGCCGAGCUGCAGGGCCUCGAUGCCGAGACACGCGGCCUCUACCGCCGGUACCUGCGGCACUGCCAGAGCCUCUUCCGCGAGGCCGCCCAGGACGUGGAGGAGGUGGUGCAGGUGUUCCUGGAGGCCCUGAGCAGCCCCCGCCCGCCGCUGCGCUGCCUCACCACCCAGCGCUUCGCCCCGCUCGCCCGCCUGCGCCUCGGCAGCCCCGACGGCUCCGACUUCCUCCGCGCCAUGCACGCCUUCGUCUUCGGCGGCGAGGAGGCCUAGGGGGGCCGGAGCCCCCGCGGGGGCCGCGCCCGCGCCGCGCCGCGCUCUAAUAAACCCCC